GGAUGGACUGAUUUUCCCCGACUACAAAAGACCGAGCACUCCCCUGGGCGUUCUUCACUUCCCCACGGGACUUUCUUAUGAUCCACCAACCACCUUUGGUGCCUUUUUACCGCCUACUCAUCUGAAGCAUAGCCCUUCACAGCCAUCCCCCCAACAGCAAUUCCAAUCCUACCCAUUUGCUCCGGCCUCCUCAACCAGCGACAGCAAAAUUGGUUGUCUGCCGUCCGCUACCUUCAAGACCUCCGCUUCUCUGGACCUUAUGAGCACUCGAGUUAUCCCCUCCGUUGGAAGACAAUCAGACUAUGAUGGAAUGACGACCGAUUUCGGUGACGAUGAGGCCACACAGAAUUCUCCCUCACGGACCGAUCCCAGUAGGUCAGAGCUGGACGAAGAAAUGACCAGACCGCCGUCAGGCAUGGAAAGUUCAUGGAUGUCGGAGAAGGAUAGAAGUUGUGAGUUUAGUGGAAGCAAUAUUCCGCCCGGGCAGCCCGAUGCUGUGGACUGUUGUGGGAUGGAACCGUGCGCCAACGACCAAAUGACUGACUCUCUGCUUGUUGAGACCGGCGGCCCCAUCGAAGAUGACCUCUCUGAAUUCAGCUGCGCACCGUCUUCCGUCUCCAAGCCUGCUUGUUGUUGCAAAAAUGGCGAAUGCUGCGAACUUCCGCACGGCGGUCGCUUGGAUGACCCUCGUAAUGACUACCGAAAUGACUACGCUCCACCGAGCGAUGCGUCGUUGCCGCCCCAUCCAGCAGUCAAUGGGGACCAGAAUAAACGUUCAUGUCUCCCGGAAAUUGCGCCCGUGGGCCUUCCCAAUUUUCAGUGCACUCGUGUUGAUGGUUUUUCCAACAUGGUUCCGCUUACAGGGGCAUACGACAAUUUACCCCAAGUCUAUCGGCCCCUUCCAAAUAGUGAUCUGUUUCCAGCGCAACCUGCCUUUCAGCCACACGCCUCCUUUUCACCAGCAAAGGGCAAGCUUUCAGGAACUUACCGCUCCGAGUAUGAUAAUGCCUCUUCUGGACGGGGAUCAGAGCGACGGACACCACAGCGCCACAACCAGCCACUCAACAGGCUCGGUGAUUAUAGCAGCCGUCAUCGCAAUGUCGCAAUGGUAUUGCGGCAGCGUCUUGAUGCUGCGGCAGCCCAGAAGACUGCCUCUCCU